AUGUUAAUGCAAAUUCAAUCGUUGCUAUUAUAUAGUACGCUCAUAUCGUUUUAUUUAUGUAUUGGGAAACAUGCGGAAAAUACGAACGAAGUUGUUGGUAUUGUGCGAAAUUUAACUGUGAAUCUUAUACAAGACUCAAAAUACAUAGGAAAGCAAGAUGCAUAUAAAUUUUUAAGAUUAAAUAUAUCUUGGUUACCUCCAAACAGCAUUAGGCAACCUUCUUUUUAUAGCAUUAUAGUUAGGAGCAUAUCAAUAAGGGAAAAGACAAAUACUAGUGAAUGCCCAGAGGGAUCAUUGUUUUAUACAUUGAGGGGCAAUAAAAAAUUUAAUGUGCUGCUACCUGAAUACAAUAGUUUAGUUGAUGUGUCAGAUCUAUACUUACAUCCCAAUUGUUCUUACAAGGUGCAAGUUUUUGCUAAUCCAAGAACAAAGUACUCAAUAAAUACACCUGAAGUUCUUUAUACAGUUCCUAAAUGCUUAGAUCAUACAUGCAGUUGCAUUAAUGCUGAAACAACACUACCAACUCCAAAAGUAAAUGUUUCUCAAAGCCACAAUCAGAUGGUUGUAAAUUGGACCUCAACUUUUAAUACAUUUAAUGUUCAGUCUUAUAUAAUCAGCAUUGGUAUACCUCUCUUCAUGUCACGAAGCAAUUUGUCUGUCUAUAAUAUAACAAGAAUAGCAGAGGUGCCUGCAAAUAAAACUAUGUUUAUAUGGAAUUUAAAAUUUAAUAACCAGGAUAUACAAAUUAAAGAUGGUUAUAAAAUAAUAGUUAAUGCUGUGAAUUAUCAUAAAUGUUCUGGUCCAAAAGGCAGUUUCAUUAUACAUUUUACACCACUGAAUACAAAGAAUGUUAAUCACAAAAUGUGGUUUAUACUAAUUGGAAUAAUAGCCAGUCUUAUUUUAUUUGGAAUUCUAAGUUUUGUGUUAUAUCAUAACUAUAAUUUCUUUGUGAUAAAUCAAAACAAUAGUUCAAUUAAGAUACAUAAAAUUUCUGAAUGCAGAUCUCAUCAAUGGACAGAAUCAAUACUUCAGAAGCAUAACAUUUUGUAUAUUAAACAUGAAUCAAAGGAGGAUUACAUGAAAGAAAUAGACGAAUUAAAAGUACCAUUCAAAAGUGUGAAAUUAAUACGUGAAUUAGGUACUGGACACUUUGGAAAGGUAUAUCUUGGUCAAUUAGAUGAUAAAAACAAUACCUUAGUUGCUGUAAAAAUGUCACAACAAAUAGAUAUGUCAACUAAUUCUGAAACACGACAACAGUUUAUAAAAGAAAUUGAAAUCAUGAAAAUGACAGGAAAUCAUCCUCACUUAGUAAGACUUAUAGGCUGUUGCAUUGAACCCUCUGAACCAAUAUGUAUUGUACUUGAAUAUAUGCAAGGUGGUGAUCUAUUAACUUACUUGCAUCAACAAAGGCUACAUCAGAGUAAAAUCAUUUGUCACAAGCAAAGUAACCUACAGGAAUUAAACAAAUCUGAUUUUCAAAACACUUUGUAUAACACUAUAUGUUCUACUAUAUUAAACAAAACAAAUAAUUGCAAAUCUAGAAAAUAUACAAAUAUUACCAACAAUUAUAGAGGAGAAGCAAUAGAUGAAAAAAAUAGUUGGAUUGGUAAAAUAAAAAGACAUCAAUUUUUAAAAUUUGCUACAGAAAUUGCUAUGGGUAUGGUGCACUUAGAAGCUAAAGGAAUUACUCAUAGAGAUCUUGCAGCAAGAAACAUACUUCUUAAUGCAGAUUUAACACUCAAGAUAUCUGAUUUUGGACUUUCACGUAAUGGUGUAUAUGUAAUAAAAAAUGCAGAAGAGAAAACACGUCAUCUUCCAAUAAGAUGGAUGUCUCCAGAAGCUUUAAAUAACCGAGCCUUUUCUUCAAAAAGUGAUGUAUGGUCUUUUGGGAUAGUUCUUUGGGAAAUUAGUACAUUAGGUGAUUUUCCUUAUUCAAACAUACAAGAUGAUUGUUUAUUACGUUAUAUUAUUCAUGAGAAUGGUCGUCUGGAACAACCAGACAAUGUACCUUCCAAUAUUUAUAAAUUAAUGCACUCUUGUUGGACUACAGAGCCUGAUAAUAGGCCAAAUUUUACACAAUUGCUUUCCGAACUACAAAUUCUAAUCACAUCUUUGGAUAAUAAUUUUUGGACCAUAUCUAAUCCUUGUUACGUAUUACCAUUUUAAAAUAAAAUCACAUAGUAUCGAUCAUUUGUUUAUUAAACAUUUAAAAA